CCUCUUGCUGACCCCUACACUCCACACCGGCCCCUCUCCUGGCUCCCAGACUCAGAAACUGUCAGCCCACCCGUCUGCGCUAACUAUCCAGCUAGCCCACCGCCCCUUUCUCUGGGGAUCCAGGGUCUCCACACACUCCCUUCCACCGCGGUUGGGGCCUCCAGAAGUCUUCACAGCCUUUCCCUCUGCCUGGCUCACACACUCUCCUGAACUCCCGGGUCGGGGGGCACCCCACACUGGGCCCCCGGCCACCCUGUACUGACUGUUCCAUCUCGGCCUCUAUUUCCCUGACUCCAAAACCUGCCCCGUCACCUUUAUUUCUUCAGCCAUCUCUCGAUCCUCUCUCCACCUUUUUGCUUGAACCGUUUCCCUUGGCCUCAGCCCGCCCAUAGUGACUUUAGCCCCAUUGCCUGCAUCUUCUGCCUCCCCUGGCCAGCCGCUUCCAGGAGCUAGGGCAGCUGGUCUCUCCUCAGGAACUACCCCUCCAGCCGCGUCCCACCCCCAUCCAACUUCCCACCUCCACAGAUUUUAUGCCCCCACCUUGUCCCCUGGCAGCCUCUCCUCUCCUGGCCCCUGAACUCUUCUCCUCCCUUUCCUCCCAAGGAAACACGCCCUAAACUGUCACCGAAUGAAGCCUGCUCUGUUCAGUGUCCUGUGUGAAAUCAAGGAGAAAACCGGCCUUAGCAUCCGGAGCUCCCAGGAGGAGGAGCCCGUGGACCCGCAGCUGAUGCGCUUGGACAACAUGCUCCUGGCAGAAGGUGUGGCUGGACCAGAGAAGGGGGGCGGCUCUGCAGCCGCAGCCGGGGCCGGAGGUGGCGUGUCCCCUGACAACUCCAUCGAACACUCGGACUACCGAAGCAAGCUCGCCCAGAUCCGACACAUCUACCACUCGGAGCUGGAGAAGUACGAGCAGGCAUGCAAUGAGUUCACGACCCACGUCAUGAACCUGCUGAGGGAGCAGAGCCGCACUCGCCCCGUGGCCCCCAAGGAGAUGGAGCGCAUGGUCAGCAUCAUACAUCGCAAAUUCAGUGCCAUCCAGAUGCAGCUGAAGCAGAGCACCUGCGAGGCCGUCAUGAUCCUGCGUUCUCGCUUCCUGGACGCCAGACGGAAACGCCGCAACUUCAGCAAACAGGCCACCGAGGUCCUGAAUGAGUACUUCUACUCCCACCUGAGUAACCCUUAUCCCAGUGAGGAGGCCAAAGAGGAGCUCGCCAAGAAGUGUGGCAUCACCGUCUCUCAGGUUUCCAACUGGUUUGGUAACAAACGAAUUCGCUACAAGAAAAAUAUCGGGAAGUUCCAAGAGGAGGCAAAUAUCUAUGCUGUGAAGACCGCUGUGUCAGUCGCCCAGGGGGGCCACAGCCGCACCAGCUCCCCAACGCCCCCUUCCUCUGCGGGCUCUGGCGGCUCUUUCAAUCUCUCAGGAUCCGGAGACAUGUUUCUGGGGAUGCCCGGGCUCAACGGCGAUUCCUACUCUGCCUCCCAGGUGGAAUCACUCCGACACUCAAUGGGGCCAGGGAGCUACGGGGAUAACCUCGGGGGAGGCCAGAUGUACAGUCCACGGGAAAUGCGGGCCAAUGGCGGCUGGCAGGAGGCUGUGACCCCAUCCUCAGUGACAUCCCCAACAGAGGGCCCGGGAAGUGUUCACUCUGACACCUCCAACUGACCUUGCCCCUCAAGGUCACGGGGCUGGGGGCUCCCACCAGGCAACUCUUGAGGAGGACUUGGGCAUCUAAAGGACAAACCCCGACCGAAGCACAAAACGGAGCAGGGCGAAAUGGGGUCGUGCCCUCCCCAACUAGACACUCAGUGCUGGGGUGCUGACUACAUAGCAGGGAAAGUGGGGUGUCCCCCUUUUUUCUCUCUUUUUUGUCUUUUCCCUCUCACAUAGAAAACAGAUAUCUGUUUCUCAGAUCUCUCUCUCUCUCUUUCGCUCUCUCUCUCUCUCAAAUCUAUACCAACAUACAACUAUUCGUUUGUGUCUGGGCUCCCUACUUUCUGUUCCCCACCCCACUUAAAUACUCUGGAAUCUGGAGAUGUCAGCCCUGCCCAACCCAGAGAUGCCAAAAAUGGGGACUCCUGGACAGAGGCCCUGGACCAACACCCCACCCCCCAUGCACCCCACCUUCUGCCCCUCCAGACGGCUUUAUUACCUCAUACGCAGCUCAUCUGAAACCAAUAGAAUCGCUCGGUGGACAGGAGUGUCUGACUCAAGCUAUCUACCUCGGAGGGAGUUUCUGCUACUUUAGAAAAUUGUUGGCUGGGCUUUGGAGUUGUUUUUGGGUUUUUUUGGUUUUUGGUUUUUUGUUUUUUUUUUUUUUUCAGUUUUGUUUUAAAAAAAA